AUGUCCGCACCCGCCUCUUCAGCCAUGCGGACGACGGCCCAGCGGCUGCUCUGGUCGACGCGGUUUCAAGCAGCUACUUCAUCACCACCAUCAAGGCUAUCUUCAACAACGCCAACUACGCUCACGGCAAGGGGCAUUGCGUCACCAGCACCAGGCGGCCGACGGGCCUUCAGGCCGCUGGCCUCCCAGCAGACGCAGCCGCCAAAGGGCGCGAAUAAGACGGUCAAGUUCUGGCCCUUUCUGGCCAUCAUUGUGCUGGGGACGGGGGCUUUCGUCUGGGUGACUAAAAAUCAUGCUGAUAGAAGGAAUGGGCCUGUGAGGCGGUACGGGUGA